GGCGCGCGUGCGCACUGGCGCUCGCUGCCCUCCCAUUCAUAAAAAAGCCAUUUUCCCAGGCAAGGGUUGCAACAUCGCCGCCGAGGCAGCGAACAGAGCUGACAGCGCGGAGCUGGCGCUGCAGGGCUCAGGGAGCUUUGCCGGCUUCUCUGACUGACGUCUGCGACUUCAACGGCGACUGACCCACUCGGGUUCGGGGGUUUACACAGACGUGGAGCGAUGCUUGUGACUCUGCAGCUCCUCAAAGACCCCUAGAAGCCUGUCCCUCGGUGCAGUUCAGGACCUCCAGCCUCAUGGAGCCCCCGAUUCCACAGAGCAGCGUCCCUGUGAAUCCCAGCUCAGUCAUGGUGCAGCCCCUCCUUGACAGCAGAGCGCCCCACAGCCGGCUCCAGCACCCACUCACCAUCUUACCCAUUGACCAGAUGAAGACCAGCCACGUGGAGAAUGACUACAUAGACAACCCUAGCCUGGCCCCUGCCACGGGUCCCAAGCGGCCCCGGGCCGGGCCCCCAGAGCUGGCUCCUACACCCGCCCGCUGCGACCAGGAUGUUACUCACCACUGGAUCUCCUUCAGCGGUCGGCCCAGCUCUGUGAGCAGCAGCAGCAGCACCUCUUCUGACCAGAGGCUCCUAGAUCACAUGGCUCCACCGCCCGUGGCUGAGCAGGCCUCCCCCAGGGCUGUGCGCCUCCAGCCCAAGGUGGUCCACUGUAAGCCGCUGGACCUCAAGGGCCCGGCAGCUCCACCAGAGCUAGACAAGCACUUCUUGCUGUGUGAGGCCUGUGGGAAGUGUAAGUGCAAGGAGUGUGCGUCCCCUCGGACGUUACCCUCCUGCUGGGUCUGCAACCAGGAGUGCCUGUGCUCAGCUCAGACCCUGGUCAACUAUGGCACAUGCAUGUGUCUGGUGCAAGGCAUCUUCUACCACUGUACUAAUGAGGAUGAUGAGGGCUCUUGUGCCGACCAUCCCUGCUCCUGUUCCGGCUCCAACUGCUGCGCCCGCUGGUCCUUCAUGGGCGCCCUCUCUGUGGUGCUGCCCUGUCUGCUGUGCUACCUGCCGGCCACAGGCUGUGUCAAGCUGGCCCAGCGAGGCUACGACCGCCUGAGACGCCCCGGUUGCCGCUGCAAGCACACGAACAGCGUCAUCUGCAAGGCAGCCAGCGGGGACACCAAGGCCAGCAGGUCCGACAAGCCUUUCUGACACUUUGGAUGAAAAAAAAAAAAAGUGGUCCCUCCUGCCAGUCUCCUGGGACUGACCUUGCUCAUCUGUCCUCUCCUAAAACCCUAGAUUGGGAAGAAACCGGCAGAGAACACUACUGCCUAGCCUUGAGUCCCCAAAAGGAUGAAGAUGCACUUUGGGGAUUUUCACGGUCUUGAAACUUUGUUAAACAGCAGUGACAGUGUCAGGGUGUGGUGGUAGGGGGCCCAGUUUUCCUAUUUCAGAAGACGAAGACAGAUGUGAACACACGAUCUGCAAGUUCAGCCACUCAAUAGCCUUCCCAACCCCUCCACUUCCCACUUCCUCCCACUUUGCCAUUCUCUUUGGCUCCUGCUGGAGCCUCCUUCUACCUGGGAGGAACAGCUAAUGGGAGGCGAGAUACCUCGAGGAAGACCCUCAGAGCCUUGACUUCUAUCUUUGCCACCUCCGUCCAUGCCUGUUGGCCUUGACUUCUUGGGAAGGUGCAACGUAGCAAUUCCUGCACUUGAUGGCCGAGAACAAAAUCACCCGUAAGCUGCUGCCUCCCGGGAGCAGCAGGAUGGAAAAGGAAGCGCCCAGCAGUGCAUUCCUCCUAGCUUUCAAUCACUAACUUGGGGGUUGUCCGCUCAUCAUUGCCACCCUCCAGUUCUUAACCGAGUCACAGACUGGCCUGCCUGCUAUGCGUCCUGAGCUCUUUCUUCUCGGAUUCUUUGUAGAACCUUGCUGGGUUGAGAAGGCCAGGAUGCCACAAGCAAGACCAAAUAUCAUUUUUGCCAAUGAGUCUGAGGCUGUGGUCUCUAGAUCCAGCCAUGAUGUUUUUAUAUGUUUAAUUAAACUAGAUGCUAUUGGUGUUUAAACAAUAAUAAUACAACAACCUUGCUUCCUUUUGGGCCACCCCCAGGAAGGGCUGAUUUCAAAAUCUGGGGGCAAGCAACCUCAAGGAGCGUUUCCCCUGCACAUCAAGAAUGGCAAAGAAGAGGCCGGACCUCCCAUUGGCAGAAUGACAGUUGAGCCGAACUGGGGUUGGGUUUUCUUCUGAUUCUGCUGCUUGCUGUCUAGCCUUUUGUGUAUAGUGAUGCGUCUGUCUUUAUGUAAAUAGAGAGAUGACAGAGUCUAUUUUAGUGUUAGGAAGCCCCCGGUGGGGAAGUCCCGAAGAUGCAAGAGAGGGUGGUGAACGAUUCUCUAGGGGCUGCUGGGUUUGAGCCCCACCUUUUGUGUGCAGCACACACGCGCACGCACAUACACACAUACCCCUCCCAACAGCCCCCAAAGCCGUAGCAACUCUUUCUCUCACGGUGCUAAAGGACUCAGAACUCGCAGCCCCGUCCAGUGGGUAGGUACUUGUUGCAUGCAAAACGCUAUCGUGUCUCUGGUCCUUGCCCCCAGCUGUUGUGUGGGAGGGUUUUUUUGUGUUUUUGUUUUUUGUUUGUUUUUGUUUUUGCUUUGUGUGGUAUUUUUGUCCCCAUCCCUGCCUCUGAUUCAAGAAAUAGCCUGGGUCAGAAGGUACCCCAGGUAAAAUUGGAAGAGCAUUAGGCAAACAUCAUGUUGGAGCAUUUCUGGUUCUUUUGUGUGAGCGGCCCCCAGGGAGGAGGCAAGAAGUCAGGUAGCUGGGAGUGGAGUGUACCUAUUGCUCUUUUCUCAAGGAUUCAACCCCACCCCCACCUUGGAAGCUACUAGUAGUAGUAGUAGUAGUAGUAACACCUUAUGAUUUAGAAUAAGUUAAUUGUAAGCAUAGGUAUUUAUUGAUUGGAGGAAGGGAGGGUUUUAUUUUCAGCUUUAUUUAUGUAACAUUUACUGGCUUGUAAAAGGCAAGUAUAAAAUCCUGCAUCUUCAUCGUCUAUAGCUAAUCCAUACAUACACCUGCCCUUACCACAAUUGCAGUGUUCUUGCACAGAUUGGAAGGAAAGAUAGAAGACAAACCCCACAUUCAGCGAACCACUUACACUAAUUGAAUGUAUUAGAAGCUUUCUGAAGGGGCUGGAGAUGUUUCUCUCGGAUGAGGGGGUGUGGAGGGACCCCCCCCCAAAAAAAAAAAAACGAUAGCGCACACGUGCACUCUUUCUAAGAAGCCUAGGAGCUUCGUCCGGGGUCCCCUCCCUCGAUUUGUAUUCACAGGACAGCUGACCCAGUGGCAGGUUGCACUUUGAUGAUCUUGGUCUACAUACUUCUGUGGACAGUUGAGCUACGUGAGCCGUGUAUGCGCACAUGCACACGUGACACUUACAUACACAGACCCUCUACCACACAGACCUUGUUCCCUGGCAACCCUUCCCAAACCCUGACUUUGUGUACAUAGCUGUAAACAUGGAUUUGGGGGGGGGGGUUGGUUUGCUUCCCCACCCCACCGACCCCUUGGCUUAAGAAUGAUGUCUACAGAACUCUCCCUCCCCCCAGAAGUUGACCUUGGGACCCACUUGAUCAGUGGUAAGGGAAGGGGUGAAGGAAGGAAGCAUCCUUUUUCCUCUGCUCUGUUACAUCUCUGACUUCUUGGCAAACACCUACACAUGGGGGAUGCAAACACACAAGAAAGGGGUAGUUUGUUUAUAGGGCCCCCUCCCCUUGCCAGGCUAGUCAACAGGCAUUGGGAGCACAGGCUCUCACAAACAGAACAUUUCUGUAGCUGUUUCUGACUUCUUGGCUAGCAUUUGCAGCUUGCUUGGCUGAGUUAACAUCGCUUCCAAAAGUGCCAGCUGAUUACUACUUCUAGACCUGGGGUGGGUGUCAGUUGUGCCUGGAGCCGAGGACGGCAUCUGGGACCUUCCUUAAGGUGCCUUGGCUACUUGGUACCAUUGUAGGGAAAGGCUAGUUCUCCUGUAAGCACUCUGGGGGCUGAGUUUAGGCUAGCAACACCUUCCAAGGAGCUUCCAUCAGAGCUCCUAAAGCCAACUGGAAGGGAGCUAAGAGCAGUCCUUACUGUUGGGCCCUUCUCAGUGAUGGGAGGCAUGACAUCCUUACGACUGAUAGGUUCUUUGAGCUAGUAUAGUUCUGCAUCAAUGGGGCCCAGCUGGAUCACAACCUCAAGGGAGCAACACAUACCAAGUUGGUCAGGGGCAGAACCCAGGUAGGUACCCGUCAUUCUGAAGCAGCUUGGUCUCCAGUGCUGCCCCAAGAAAUAGCGGAGGUGUGUGAACAGCACACAUUUGCACUGUACAAUUGAGUAGAACAUCUGGGGAAGCCUCCUGAUAUAUGCAUUUGGUGAGUAGCUCCGUGCCCUUCCCCGCCCUGUAAUGGAUGUCGAUCCUGUGUUUCCAUUUUGAUUGUGGGUGACUGUGCUGUUUCUUAGCUUGCUUUUCUCUUGUGUCCUGUGGUUGAUUUCCUGUUAGCAGCACUAGAGCUGUGCCCAGUGCCCCACUCCACCACAUUCCUGUGUCUCUGUAACCCCCCCCCACCCGGUUCAUCCCACCACAAAAGUUACCACAGAAGGUUUCCUUUGUAAAAAAUAUUUAUUUUGAAGCUCUAUUUUAAUAGUAUUUAUUUUAGAAAGUCUACUAUUGUAAGAGUUCUUCUGUUUGUGAAGAAAAAAAAAAAAACAAGUUAAAAACUGAAUGUACUGAUCUAGAAGAUAUCUAUAAAUAUAUAUUGUUAAAUAUA